ACCGCCUUCCCCUCCCUCCCUUCUUGUCUACCUUUGGGCUGGGCUGUCUGGUGAAGAGAUACUUGACUGUAGGCAGAGCAAGGGACUAGGACAACAACUCCAAUCAAGUUCGCGAUUGCGACCAUGGCGGAGAGUAACGCUCAGAAUAAAGCCAAGCUCAUCUCUGAGACCCGGCGGAGAUUCGAAGCUGAGUUUGUGGCAGAUAAGUCAGAUAAAUAUGAUCCACGUGAUGUUGAAAGGCUGCAACAAGAUGAUAACUGGGUUGAAAGUUACUUAUGCUGGAGGCAUAAUGUUAUAGAUGAAACCCUGAAGAUGCUUGAUGAGAGUUUUCAAUGGAGGAAAGAAUUUUCUGUCAAUGACCUUAGUGAAUCCUCCAUUCCCAGAUGGUUACUAGAGAUUGGUUGUGUUUAUCUCCAUGGUUAUGACAAAGAAGGUAACAAACUAUUCUGGAUCAGGGCGAAGUAUCAUAUAAAAGACCAGAAAACCACAAUGGACAAGAAGAAGCUCAUAGCAUUCUGGUUGGAACGUUAUGCCAAGAGAGAAAAUGGGAAGCCUAUAACAGUGAUGUUUGACCUGUCAGAAACUGGGCUGAACAACAUAGACAUGGACUUUGUACGCUUUAUCAUCAGCUGCUUUAAGGUUUAUUACCCUAAAUACCUCUCAAAAAUGGUGAUCUUUGAUAUGCCUUGGAUAAUGAAUGCUGCUUUCAAAAUCGUGAAAAGCUGGCUUGGCCCUGAAGCAGUGAGCUUGUUGAAGUUUACAAGUAAACAUGAAAUACAAGACUAUAUAAGUGUAGAGUACCUACCUCCCCACAUGGGUGGAACUGAUCCUUUCAAGUACAGCUACCCACCACUGGUAGAUGAUGAUUUCCAGACACCACUGUGUGAAAAUGGGCCAAUUACCAGUGAGGAUGAAAACUCAAGUAAAGAAGACAUAGAAAGUGAUGGAAAAGAAACCCUGGAAAUGAUUUCUAAUGAGGAACAACCAGCUCUGCCGAAAAAGAUUAACCCACCUGAGUCUGCUUCCAAAACAGAUGAAAAUGAAAAGGUUGAUUCAAAGAUAAAAGCUUUCAAAAAACCACUGAGUGUGUUUAAAGGGCCCUUAUUACACAUCAGCCCAGCAGAAGAACUGUAUUUUGGAAGUAUGGAAUCUGGAGAGAAGAAAACUCUAAUAGUGUUAACAAAUGUAACUAAAAAUGUAGUGGCAUUUAAGGUGAGAACAACGGCUCCAGAAAAAUAUAGAGUAAAGCCAAGCAACAGCAGCUGUGAUCCUGGGGCAUCAGUUGAUAUAGUUGUGUCUCCACAUGGUGGCUUAACAGUGUCUGCCCAAGACCGAUUUCUGAUAAUGGCUGCCGAAAUGGAGCUCUCAUCUGGCACAGGCCCAGCAGAAUUGACUCAGUUCUGGAAAGAAGUUCCAAGAAGCAAAGUCAUGGAACAUAGAUUAAGAUGCCACACUGUUGAGAGCAGCAAACCAAACACCCUUGUGCUGAAGGACAAUGCUUCUAAUGUGUCAGAUAAAACCAGUGAAGAUCUAUAUCUGCAACUCAAUCGUUUACUAGAAAGCAAUAGGAAACUCGAAGACCAACUCCAGCGCUCUAUCUGGUUCCAGCAGCUGUUGCUUGCCUUAACAAUGGUCUUGCUUGCCUUUGUUGUCUCUUUCUUUUAUUCGCUGUACAGUUAAAGAGGUGGUGCCUGCUCAGAGACAUAGCUCCUUCAUACAUUAUUUGGAGAAAAUAACAGAUCCAAAACUUCUCAGCUCAGCUACUAAUAAUAUUGCACAUCCGUGUUUCCUAAAAGGAAACACGAAGCACAUGGAAGGGUGCCUGUCUUGAAAAUAAAUUGUUCAAUUAAAGACAUACUUUGAGACAUUAAUUAUUAGAGGCUCUAGCUAGUUAGGAAAGUAAGUAAAGGUAUAUGUAUUGUGUAAAUUAAUAUUUUAAAUAUAAUUUAUUCUUUUUGAUUUGAAUAGCUUUAAAGCAGUUUUAUCAUGUAAAUACACUAGCUGAACUGAAAAGCAUAUAAGUAACAUGUUUUGUUGCAGCCAAAAAAUGUAAUCUGCUUUUUCUUAAAAACAGAAUUACUAGCUGAGCUGACUUACUAGCUUUUCUAUACUAUAUUUAAAAAUGUAUAUUGAAAAAGCAAACGUACUUAAACAAUAAUUUAUGUACUCAUGACUUUCUAACUUUUAAGAACUACUUCCAGAUGAUAGCCAAUAUUAUUUUGGAAUGUGAACCUAUCUAAAUGCCAGACCUCUCUAGCCUUGGUUUCUCAGUGUUCCUGAACAGCCUACCUUUUAUUAAUCCCAGGCUGUUUUUUCAUCAAUAACUUUAUUAUUUAGAAUGUAUGAAAACAAUGAACUUUUAGCAGCAUUACACAUGUGAGAAGGUAUUGCUGUCACCAUUUUAGAUCAUGUAAUAAAUUUCUUGUUCCUUCAUCUUUUAAUUCUAAUGUCAAAGUGAGGAGUAAACUGAAAUCAAGUUGGACAGUGACAUCAUUGUUAGGGUACAGACAUGAAGAAAGUCAUUCUGAACAAGGAUCUUGGGGUGCCAGAAAAGUGAGAGGGGAAGAUUUUGGUGAAUCCUUUGGCCCGGGACCCUGUAAAUUCCAUUCUCCACACUGAGGUGUGCUCUGUGUCUGUUUAGAAUGGGGCCCAGUCACUUCCGGAGACUUUAGAGAAUCUCACAAGCUGCUGCUGUAUAAGCCUCUCUUUAAAAGGUUUUCUUUCCAAUUUUUAACCUCCUUAGAAAGAUGAUGUUUGUCACUUAGCUCAUUGUUUAGUUUUCUUGGGUCUUCAUUUUGUUGCUUUAACUUAGAAAUUUCCUCCUUCAGCCUUAUAUAUUAUUGACUUUUCAAAGUAAGAGCUCUUGUGCUUUGUUACAAUACCACCGCCCCCUGCACAGAUUAAGGCUGAGAAUCAUGUUGUGAUAUCAUUGAGGUAUCCUGAGCCCGUUGAUCCCUUCUAAGAUUUUCCUAGUAGCCUUACCACUUCUUUUUGGUGUUUAGUAGUGGCCUUUGUAGCAAGAAUUUCCUUUUCAAAUUCCUUGGCAUGUUGUUGCUUCUCUAGUUCUGUUUGCACAAGCUUGGCUUUGGGAUCCUCAGUUUCUUCUUUAUAGGGCAUAGCUCCUAAAGCAGCUGGACUGUUUCUUUUUUCAAGGCACUUACUUGAUUCAUUCCCUAUGGUCUGAGGUCUUGCUGUUAUGUCCUUAACCAUUUCUAUUUCUUUCUGCAUCUUUCCAAUCUUGCCUUCCUUUUCCUUUGAUUCUGGCAGGAAGGUUUCUAGUUCUUGAAUUUUCUGUGGUUAGUUGUACAUCCCCUGAUGCCACAUGAGGAUUCUUAACUGUCCUGUUGUUCUCUGGAUGGUACCUCUAUCUUGUUGAAGGCACUGUGUUUUAAUUUGUGAUUCAUUUUGCUUUUCCUCUUAAGUUUCUUCAUGACUUCAUAGAAUUCCAUGGAACAUCUCUAGUUUGCAGUAAGAAGUUUCUGAAUCUGUGGGUAUGGAAAGGUGAAGUUUGCUUUUACAGUACUUGAAAGUUAGUGUAUGUGCUGCCAAGCAAGCAUGAAUCCUGGGCUGUUUAAUGAACAUUCUCAUUUCAAUAAAAUACAGAAAGUUAAGCAUGGUUGGAUUUCUUUGAAUUCUGUUAGUAAUCCCCAGAAGGAGUCUCCACAACAUUCCCUCUUUCUAGUCAAUUCUAUGCAGCUUCAUGCUGUCCACUGUCUGGACACUGAACCUUUUGCCUGGUUUGUUACAAAGACCUCCUCUAUUAUUCUACCUUCUCCUUCAUUCCACAGGGAAGGAGUCUCUCUAUGGACCAGAAAUUGUGCCGUCUUCACCCUCAGUUUUAAAUGAAAGUCAUUAGGUAACUUUUUUAAAAAGCCUAUUUGUUUUAGAUGCUCAGUAUAAUUAGGCUUUGAAAAUGUUCCUGGUUAAAAUCAUCUGCAUGAAGGAAACUUAGAAAAUACUGGAGUAUCUGUGUGUGGAAAUAAAAACACAAAACAUAGCUCAGGUGUCAACUCUGUGUUUAGAGAACGGAAAAUCUCACUCCUAAUGAACUGUAAUCCUUCCUCACACCAGGGCUCUUUGGUCCACUUGAUAUUCUGCCUUUGGUACACUAAUAACCUCUUGGUGUGGUUCCCAAAUCCGUACAAAUACACAUCUUGCAGAAACAGCAGCUAAUGAAAUUAGUUUAUGUUAUCAUUAACAUGAUCAGUUUUUGGUCCCUUUUGGUUCACAUGUGUGUCUACUUUAUAUGAAAGAAAAAUCUGCCUGGGCUGGGCAUGGUGGCGCACGCCUAUAAUUCUAGCAUUUGAGAGGCAGAGACAAGUGGAUCUUGGUGAGUUUCAGGCUAGCCAGGGCUACAUAUGGAGAUCCUGUCUCAAAAAAAGAAAAAUCAAACGUCUGCCUACAAAUUGAGUUUCAAUUGAGCCAUGGUUGGGGUAAUUCUCGGGAGCAGUGUUGUAGGCUGUCAUCUUGAGGAAGCUGACGCCAGAGCUGAGUUAUGAAGAGUGACAACUGGCUUAGGAAAAAACCUUCAAAGGACACUAGUGUAAUACGUUGUCUUAAUUUGGAUUUUUCUAUUUCAGUUUGCCACCUCCAGUUGUGAGACAGACUGCAGUCCACCCUAAGUACUGUGCACAGUAUCUCCUUGUGUGUUCACAGUGAUUUCCCAAAUGGUAGAUUUAGGGCCUUAAUAUAUCAUCCCAAACUAAUGGUCUGUUUUUCAUUCCUCAGCAGAUAAAUGAGUAAUUAAUUAGCCAAGAUGAGGAAUGUACUGUACUAACAGUGUCCCUUCAGUGUUUCAUAAGAAAAUUAUGUCGACUCACUAAAAUACCCUUGCUUGAUUAUGUGGUCAGUUGAAUUCAAUAACAUAUCUUGUUAACAUUUGUGUUUGAGAAAUGUGACUAAACAGAAUUGCUGAAAAUUAACCAUAAUAUCAAAAGCAUCUUAAGUUUCUCCUUGUCUUGAUUAAUCAUACAUAUUUACAUUUGAUUUUUGUUCUGUCCUCAUUUUAUUUUCUUUAAUCACAUUUGCAUGAUUAUUAUUGGUAUUCUGAUCAGUCGUUUUCUUUUAAUCGUAUUGUUGCCUAUUCACGAUAAAAUUACCAAGGAUUUUCAUUUAGUUUUUUGUUUUCACUUGGGAAUGGAAAUUAAUACAUUUUCCAUGAAAACAUUAAAGAAAGAUCAUUAGCUUGAUCUGCAAGUAGCCUAAAAUGCAAUUGCUGGAAAACCUAGUCUCAAAUUUCAUAAUACCAUAACUCUUUUUAUAUCUUGCCACUAAUUUCAACUGGAUUUAAUAGCACUUUAUUGUAUAAUUAUAAGAAAUAUAUUCCUAGAAUUGUUGCCAGUGUAAUUUCUCUAAUGUUCUGGUGCUUUUCAUAUAUUUUAAGUAUUUUUAUUACUAUAUUGGUAUUUUAUUUGUAUAAAUUGAUCAAAAGAACAUGUUUUCUAUUUUAAUAUGUUUUAGAAAAUAAUUACAUUUAUGAAAUAAACAUC